AUGGCUAGGAAGGAUAAGGUGCCAAGAGGGUUCAUACCAGUUCUGAUAGGACAGGGGGAGGAGAGGGAGAGGAUCCUCGUGCAUAUGGAGCAGUUCAAGCAGCCCUACUUCCUUGAGCUCCUUGAUAUGGCGGUGCAGGAAUUCGGGUAUGAGCAGCAGGGAAUCCUCCACAUCCCCUGCACAACCGAGGUCUUCCGAUCCAUCAUUGGUGCCAUCAGAAAGCCCAAGUCCUGA